AUGGUGCCAAAGAAAAACGAGCAACCACACACGAAAUUGGGUCAAGUUGAUGACGAUAUUGCGAGCAUUCAUGCUAGAGUAAAGCUUUUCGAAUAUCCAUUCGCGCAUCAAGUGUUGAACUCGAAAAUCGAGAUAUUCUGCUCAUUUUGUAUGCGACCACCAGUUGGGGAUGAGAAGCUGAUGAAAUGUUCGGCUUGUAAUCAUGCAAGAUAUUGCAACAAAGAAUGUCAACGAUUGGCGUGGAAGUUGCACCGAAAUGAGUGCAAGAGACUACAAAAAGUGUUCCCAAAUCUUCCCCUCACCGAGGUUCUCUUUCAAUCAAAAAUCAUCGAUCGAGUGCUUUUCUUGAAAGAUAAUGGUGAUAAAUAUGGAUGGGAAAGGGAAAGACAAUUUCAAUCAUUGAUGGAUCACAAAGAUGAGAUACGCCAAGACAGCUUCAAGAUGGAUUACUUCGAGAAAAUCCUCAACAAAAUGACGACAUUUAGAGGAGAUGAGAUGCCGGAUCGGGAAACCUUUUUCGACAUUUUCUGCAAAGUGCAAAUCAACUCGCACUCGAUUCACACAAAUGCGGGCAAUGAGGCCGGGAUGGCGCUGGAUUUGGGUGUCUCAAAGUUCAACCACUCUUGUCGGCCGACUUGUUCAAUGGUUUUCGACGGGUUUCGCGUUGUGCUCAGACCGCUGGUGCCCGGCGUGGAUACAGCCGACUUCGACAAAGCUUUCAUUUCGUACAUAGACGUUGGACGGAGUAAAUAUGUGAGACGGAAAGAGUUGAAGGCUCGAUGGUUUUUCGAUUGCGAAUGCUCGCGUUGCACUGAUUCUGGUGAUGACAUUUUGACGGCAAUCAGAUGCUCAAAUCCUUGCUGUGAACAAGCUCUGGUCGUCACGGAAACCUCGGAUCCGUGCUAUAUCGCUUGUCCGAAGUGUGGAUCGAUGACUGAUGACGAUACGGUGAAAAACGCUCAACAGCUAAUGCUUUCCCUGCCGGCUCAAUUCGAUCCAGAAUGUCCAGCUGAUAAACUCCGAGAAAUGCUAUCUUCCGCUGAAUCAAUUCUGCAUCCGAUGAAUGUCUACAUUGCUCGAUUGAGAACCGCUCUCUAUCAUAUCACUGGAUCGUUAGAAGAAAAUAUCUCAAAUAUUCAUAAACAAGUCUACGAGAAUUAUAAGCUCUGUUUCCCAAAAGCCGAUCGUCAUGUCGGCUAUCAAUUGCUGCACAUUGUGAAAGCGCUUAUCGAACAAGAGAAGCGAGAUGAUGCUCGUCCUUACGCGUUUGAUGCGAUGAACAUCUUUGAGGUCUGUUUCGGACUCGAUCAUCCAUAUUAUCUUCAAACGCUCGCCCUUUGGACCUACUUGGAUCAACAGUCUCCAAAGACGAAAGAAGAGUUGAUUUCAUUGACGAAUUUCAACGAUAAUCGCCGCAUCAAUAUCGAGGCACUUUUGGAGAAAGCUUCUCAACUCAGCACCCAAAAAAUCAUUCUUCCAUCA